CAACCGCGACGCGUUAUUUCGCACCGUCCGUGCCGGCCUGUAUAUACGACUUUGAUAUCGGAAGAUACGAGCUGGAUCCAUUUUGGAGCACAGGUCGUUCGCUCGAGCCAUGGGACGCGUGGGCGCCAGCGGACGGCGCGCUAGCCAUGAACAACAACUGCGCGUAUCUUCUCGACUCGCACUGCCGGGUCCACCUGUCCAACCCCUGCACCUCGUACAAGCGCUGCGAUCCCCCGCCGCAGUGGGCUGCAAACGUUGUCGUCACGCGCACGACCAACUCUACCGUGCGACCCGUUCCCGCCAAGCCCCCGAGCGGCUCGGCUCUGGCGACCAGUCUUAACAGCGUGGACGCGGGAAUUAAACCCGUGCUAGUGAGCAGCACGGCUAACGUGCGAACAGCAACAUCAGGAGCCGUAGAAACGGUGCUAGAAGUGACGGAGUUGAUUCCGGCGUGGAUGGCGCAGGGUCGCGCAAAGGUGGCGGGCGGGAGCGAGUCUCCGCGGAAGGAAAGCGCGGAAGGAAAUAAUGGGAACCGUGGGGAGAAGCGUGGGGGAGGGGCCGUAUACUUGGGGAGUAAAGCUCGAGGGGACCGGGGGCUGAUGGAAGCUAGAGUUUGGGAGAAUGAUUAUGAUUAUGAUUAUUAUGGCGGCGGGAUUGGUAACCCUAUGGCUGACGUGGACAGGACGAAAGAAGCGGAGCAGCCUAUUCUGCUCUCCACCUAUGUUGCCGCGAUCAGCGGAGGCGGGGCUUCCCCCCAGGUGGGAGAUACUGCGGGGCACGCGCAGACAGGAAGGGUUGGGGCAAGGACACGGCGCGCGGUGGGGGGCGCGCAGGUCGCAAGCGCUGGGGGGGAGGCUGGCGCAGCGGACUACGGCGAAGAGGACCGCGUGGUGGAUGGGUACCACGGGGGGGGGGACGACACGGGGCUGGUGGCGGCGGAAGUUCCGCAAGCUGCUCGCGACGGUGACGGCAACGGCGACGGCGACGGCGAUUCUGGAUUCGACCAGUGGAAUACAGCUGGCUCCCUUGAGAAUACCGAUGAUUUUCGGGACGGGGAGCAGGCGGAGCAGGGGGAGAAGGGGGAGCAGGGGGAGCAGUUCGGGGAUAUGAGCGACGCAGCCGGUGUGCGAACCUCGUCCACCUUCGCGCCCAACCCUCGCGGAAGCGGCAGCAGCUUAGGCACGGUGCAUCCCAGGCCUAACUUCCGCGCCAAGCCGUUGCUGGGGAGCAAGGGUGGUCCGGUAGGCGCAUCUGCCGGUUCGUCCGUUGGUUCGUUGACUGCUCCGAGUGAUGUUAACUCCCCCGCGCCGAGCCGCAAGCAGAAGCGGCAGACGCAGCACCAGAAGCAAACACCCGUCCCUUCACCCUCACCCUCCCCACCCAAAUCCACCGACCCCGCAUCCUACCUCCCCAAACGCCUCCCGCCGAAAAACCCGGACGAUCCUCUUGGCAGUGAGCCCAAUUUCACUCUUCCCUCCGCUCCCGCGUCCCCCGCACCUCCCGCCGCAACUCCCGCUCCGCGGAUGGACCCGCCGCGCACGCCUUCCCCCGCGCCGCCGUCCGUUCCCGUACGCGCACCGUCCGGGGGAGGAAGAAAUGCCUCGGUGGAACCUGAUUUGGGGUUCAGCGACUCUUCGAACCCGCAACGAGCGCCGUCAAACCCGCCGCAAACCGCGCCAAACGCAACCUCCCCCAAGCGCAAUGCCCCGCAGGACGUGCCACGCACUCCCCCCCGACCCGCCACCACGUCCCCUUCCCGUUCCGCCUCGAGUUCCCCCGCUCCCCGCGGCCCCUCCUCGUCGGCAUCCCCGUUGCGCCGCCCCGCUAUGGUGCUACGCGUUACCGUUACAAGGGUGGUCGCGGCGGGAGUCACGGCGUACGAGUGCGACCCGUUCCCUGCGUGCCUCUUCAAAACCCCGUCUUGUACGGCGCAAGCGCAAUCCGCCCCGACGCAGGCCUCCGCGGCCUCCGCGAACCCAGCGGAAGCAGACGCGGAAUCGGAAUCGGAAGCGGAAGCGGAAGAGGACACUCCCGCGGAAGAGGAGACUCCCGCAGAAGCGGGGGAUGCGGGGGAAACGGAGCGACUGGACGGUUACCCUAGCGAGGACUCGUACGGUUGGCUCGACGAAGCUGGAUUGAUUAGCAAACACGACACCGGCGGCAAUCCCGGUGUGACGGUCCAGAGCGUUGAGAACGCUGCCGGCGGUCACGGCGCCAAUCCCGGGGGAGUUGGGGACGCGGAUGGGGAUGGCGAUGGGGAUGGCGUGAAGUGGGUGUCGGUAUCGGAUCAUAUUCCUGGUAUCGGGGAAGUUAAGAACGACGACUAUGGCAGCAGCGCCGGCGGCGGCGACGGUGAUGGCGGCGGUAUUGUUGGUCCCAGUGUGGGGGGAAGACGCGCAGGACGGUCCAUAGCGGUUGCUGCUUCCUACUCUCCUAUCUCUCCUAUCUCUUCUCUCUCUCCUGCAUCUCCUGCCCCCUCUGCCUCUACUCUGUCGUCUACCGCCUCUGCUGGUGACAGUAACCGCGACGACGAUGACAAUGAUGACGAUGGUGACAAUGGCGGUGCGGGAGAGGAGGACGAGUUCGGGUGGAGGGGCGAGAACGGCCUGGGGAUGGUGUCCUUCUUGGCUCUCGGCAAGGGCACUGCCUUCCGCGCCCGCACCAACCCGAACGCGCUCUCCUUAGAUGCCCCCUCAAUCUCCUCACCCCCCUCCUCCUCUUCCGCUGCUGCCGCCGCUCGGCGGGAGUUCGGCGUGCAGGCGUCGUCCGUGGCUGCUCCUGCCAGCCCCGCGCCUGACCAGUCAGAACCGUUUAGCCCGCACACGCAGGACCCUGCCUCCUCACCUCCUGUAGCUGCCUUCAAAUCUCACUCGCACUCAAAUACUGACUCUUACUCUGACUCUACUGCUCAUGCUGGCGUUGACUCUGGCGUUGACUCUGGCGUUGACUCUGGCGCCGACUCUAAUGCUGACUCUGGUGGUGACUCUGGUGGUGACUCGCAGGUUAACUCAGACUCGCAGCAGCCUUACAAUACCCAGGAUGACUCUAACGCGUACAGCCCCUCUGACCCUGACAGUGCUCCUGGUGCUAACACGCCUUCAGAGGAAUCAGCUCCCACCGAUGCCGAUGCUGACGCUGAUGCUGGUGCUAAUGAUGAUACCGAUGCUGAUACUGAGGAUGGUACUGAUGCCGAUGCUGAUGCCAAUGCUGAUGCCGAUGCUGAUCCCAAUGCCGGUGCUGAUGCAACACAACCCAAGUCGUUCUUCACCCGCUCGUCCCGACCACCACAGUCGGCAGCACCGCCAUCUCUGCCCUCCUCCUCGCCCUCCUCCAUGCCAUGGCUCUCCUCUCGCUCCACCACCACUCUCGGCUUCAAGCCUCGCCUGCCCACCCCUCGCCCCUCCUCCCCCUCCCCGUCUCCGCCUGCCACCAGCCCUGCUGAGAAAGGCACCAGCGGUACCAGCGGCGGUAGCAGCAGUGGUAGUGGCGGCAGCAGCAGCAGCAGCAGCAGCAGCAGCAGCAGCAGCGGCGGCGGCGGCGGUGGCGGCAGCACCAGCGGGUUCAAGCCCAGAACCGGACCAGCAACCGAGAGGCUUCGGAGCGACAGAAGCAGCAGCAGCAGCAGCAGCAGCAGGAGCGGCAGCGGUGGCAGCGACAGCAGCAGCAGCACAGACGAGGGCGGGAAUGCGGCGAGCAUGUACAAGUCUCAGAUGAAGGCUCGGAAGGCCAACCCCAGCGCCCCACAGCGGGGGGACAGCGGCCGCACGUCCCAGCCCAAGCCACGACCUUCCCCGUCCCCCUCCUCCUCCUCGCCCUCUCCCUCCCGCAACAGCGGCAGCAGCGGUGGCAACAAGAUGCAAGCGAAACGGCCCAAACCGUCCCCUUCUUCCCCAUCAUCACCUUCCUCUCCGUCCUCUCCCAUCCCUCGUAACGGCAACAGCAUGCAGCCGUUCUCCCCUGGGAAUACCGACCUGCCCUUCCGCUUCGCGCGCGGGCAAGACUACCUCGUGCCCGUCCCCCACAUCCCCCCGGAACGCCAGUUCUCGGUGAAGCGGUACGGCGCGGUGGGGGACGGUGAGAGGGACGACACGCGCGCGUUCAAAGCGGCGUUUGUGGCGUCGUGCAAGCUUGGGCGGCUAAGCGCACGGCCCACAUCGGUGGUGGUGCCUAGCGGGCGGUACAGCGUGGGGUACCUGCGAUUUGUGGGGCCGUGCGGGUCGCGACUGGUGUUCCAGUUGGACGGCACCAUUCUGGGUCCGCGAGACCCUUUCCAUCCGCCAGCCCAGCUGGGCGUGGUGCACUUCCUGGGCGUGCACGGGCUCAUGGUAUCAGGUCGCGGCGCCAUAGACGGCCGCGCGCAGCGCUGGUGGCAGCUGUGGAACGCACACCGCCUGCCCGAGUCGCUCAAGCGCCCCUACCUGCUCGUCGCCGACUCGUGCCACAACUCGGUCGUGCAGGGGAUCACUCUGCGCAACCCCGGCACGAUACACCUGGAGAUAGCAUCGAGCAACUUCGUGAAGGUGGUGAACGUGACGACGGACAGCCCCUCGGAGAGCCCCAACACCGACUCCAUCCACAUCACACGCUCCACUCAAGUGGCCGUGCAGCGCUGCACGCUGCAUGGAGGCGACGACAACAUAGUGAUCGAGGACGGCACGUCGCACGUGCUCAUCUCCGACACGUGGUGUGUGGCCGGCCAUGGCAUCAGCAUCGGCAGCCUGGGCGACCACGGGGACACAGCGUGUGUGUCCAACAUCACGGUCACGCGCGUGGUGCUCAAGGCGCUAUCCAACGGGCUGCGCAUCAAGACGUACCAGGGCGGGUCGGGCAGCGUGCGCGAUGUGGUGUAUCGCAACGUGUUCAUGGUGGACGUGGAGCGACCCAUUGUCAUUGAUCAGAGCUACUGCGACAAGCGCCACGUGGACGGCAAGUGCGGGGAAGGUUCCUCCAAGGCGGUGGCCGUCUCAGGCGUGUCCUACAGCAAGAUCGUGGGCACGACCAACUCGUCGGACCCCAUAGGGAUCAUCCUCAACUGCUCCUCCUCAGUGCCCUGCCGCAGCAUUUCUCUCCAGGACAUAGACCUGCGCUCCUCCUCCUCGCGCUCGCGCCCGCUCGUGCCGCAAGUGAGCAACGUGUUUGGCCAAGUGAGGAACGUGCGCGCGCCGCUGCAGCUGGCGGGGAAGGUGAAGAGCGGGCCUGUGCCUGCACGAGCUGCAGCCAUGGCGCAGCAGAUGGGCGCACUUUGCCGCUUAUCUUCCCAUGCUUUCCUCGACUAUCACCGUCCAUGUGCGUCCGUAUCCAUUCCCUCUACCCCCCCGCGAGCCCCCAAUGCCCGUCCACUUGAACCCGCCCCUCACUCCUCCCCUGCUUGCCUCACCAUCAUGACUUCUCCCGCCCUCCUCUUGGCAGAGCUGGCGUGUACCGCAAGUGACAAGGCGAGGAAGCGGACGAGGGGAGGCUCACCCAGCUGCUCGCAGCCUCGCAAGUCGCGGCUGUGGGUUUGUGGAGAACCGGGGGGAGAGCAGCGCGAGAGUGGAGAUAGUCUGGACCGUUCUCCACUUGCCAAUGUGGCUGAUGCGGGAGUUGCCGCUACGGAGACCUUCUCCACCUGCCCGCUCGCGCCUUUCUCCUCCCCGUCUCCUCCGCCGGAAUCGCCCCCCUGCGCCGUCUCCUCCGCCCAUCUGUCGCUGCCUAGCGCGAACGACGAGUCGCGUUCUGAACAGUCAUCCCUCGGAGACACGGGUUUGCUGGUAGCUGCCAUAGGAGUAGCGGCAGUAGGAGUAGCAGGCAAUGUUCGCGAGCGCGCCACUGGCGCUGGGCUCUUUGGGAGACGUUGCGGGCGGGAUGGCGCGACGCGUCUACCACUACCGCCAGCGGCACUAUUGCUUCCAGCCCCUGGAGAGCGUGGCGAAAUCACGUUAACGUCCUCGAGCGAUGCCGCUGAGCUGACAGUGGAGGACGGGGAGAAGUACCGCGACAUGGCGGAGCUCACGAUAGCGCUCGGGGAGGGAAGGGGGAGGUCGAGACGCCCCAGCCUCGCGCUGAACACGCGCGCCUGCCUGCUCAUGCUCCUUCCGCUCCCGCCAGCCCAGCUGAUGCUGCCCCUCGCGCUCCCGCCCAAGCCGGCCGGCUGGCUUAUGCUGCGCUGGCUUCUCGUUGCGCUGCUCUCCAUGCCCAGCCGGCCCGCGAGGAGAUUCCACUGCGUCCGCGUGCGCCUAAGAUGCGUGUAA